ACUUGAAAAGCAAGCUAAAUUUCCGAAAAAAGAAAAAAAGUUUUUUGUGUGUUGGCAAAUGAUAGGAUGACCUCAAGUAGCACCUGGAGUUAUAUGCUAUGCUAUAGCUGUCUCGUAGCUGGCUCCCUCACAUUACUAUUUUAAAAACUCCAUCCUCGCUUGCACUCUCUCUCUCUCUCUCUCUGCGCGGAAAUCAUCACCUCUCUCUCACACCUGCUAUGCUAAUGUGCUUUCUCUCUCUAGUUCGUCUUUAAGCAGUUCAUCGGGUGCUAACCGGUGCUGCAGAGGAUUGCUAGUUGGAGUUGCGUACUUGGGGGGAUUGAAGAAAUUCAAGUUGAGAUAAUUGUUCGCCGGUUUGGGGGGGACUUGCCGCCGGCGAGAUGAGCGCGUCUAGAUUUAUUAAGUGCGUGACCGUGGGCGACGGAGCUGUGGGUAAAACUUGCUUGCUCAUCUCUUACACUAGCAAUACUUUUCCAACUGAUUAUGUCCCAACUGUUUUUGAUAAUUUCAGUGCCAAUGUCGUAGUGGACGGUAGCACUGUUAAUCUAGGAUUGUGGGAUACUGCAGGCCAAGAGGAUUACAAUAGAUUGAGACCAUUGAGCUACCGUGGGGCUGAUGUCUUUAUUCUCGCCUUCUCUCUUAUUAGCAAGGCUAGUUACGAGAAUGUCUCCAAGAAGUGGAUUCCUGAAUUGAGGCAUUAUGCUCCUGGAGUUCCAAUAAUCCUUGUGGGGACAAAGCUUGAUCUUCGAGAGGAUAAGCAGUUCUUCGUGGACCACCCUGGAGCAGUUCCCAUCACGACAGCACAGGGAGAGGACUUGAAGAAAUCGAUUGGAGCUGCUGCUUACAUUGAAUGCAGUGCUAAGACACAACAGAAUGUGAAGGCUGUCUUUGAUGCAGCAAUUAAGGUGGUUCUGCAGCCACCCAAGCAAAAGAAGAAAAAGAAGAGAAAGGGCCAAAAAGCAUGCAGCAUAUUAUAAUUGGUUCGCUUGUGGUUGCUCUUGUUGUUUUAAAAGUGUACUACUCUACUCCUACUCCCCCCUUAAAGCUGCAAUGACCUGACUGACUAUAUUAGGGAGAUAUGUUAAAGCAUCAACUAAGUCGAUUUCACAUUCUUAGCUAUAGUUUUCACAAUGUAUGUUUGUGAUUGAGAUGUGUGGUAAUAUGAAAAAUUCCUCCAUUUAGGACCUAGAUUGAACUAUUUGUGCAUACCUUCCAAUUCUUCUACUCAAAGACAGAGUAUAUUUCUUCAUCUAA